GUGGAGAUCUUGAGAAUGGCAGUGAAUCGGUAUGACAAGCCUGCGCCCACUGCCCCCAAAACGGUCUGAUGCCCCACCGAGUGUUGGUGUGCCGAUCCCCUCAGCUGCCACUCGCGACCUGGGGUCCCUUGCCUCCGGACCUUUGGUCCCUGUCGUAUCCGUACCGCAAGUACCUCAGUCUAUGGUACUACUAAUCUCACCCCCCCUUCGUGCCGAUGGCGUCAAGGCAAAUAAAUUGCCCUUCCUCUUUUCUUCUUCGGCUCUGGACUGUUCCAGCAGUAGUAGCAGUAGUAGGUACGUACCCAGAACCCCACUUCAAUCCUUCCCAAGUUGCCAUGGUCCCCUCUCCCCUUCUGUUUACUUUCUUUCCCCUUCAUCUCCGUCUUUCUUUCUCGUUCCCGCCCCCCCACUCCCUUGGAGUUGGCACAUCUCUGGCCGCUAAGUACAUACUUCUUACCCUCUAUUCCCUUACCCCAAUGGCAGAGCUCCACAUAUGCUCCAGAGCUAUCCCCUCUUUUACUGAGAACGAGAGUGCCCCGCUCCCAUGUGGUGGCUACUUGUCUCCCCUCUCCAUCGCCGAUGUCUAUGGCGCAUCGUUGAUUUUUUCGAUCUCCAGGGGUCCUAGCUCCCGCCGAGCCAGUACCGUUCAACUAAAUCACAUACGGAACACCCACCGGUUCCGUCUCCAGUCAAAGUCAAAGUCAAUCAUGCGUCCCCCGAACCAAUUCUCCAUCCCUGGGCUGGGAAUCCCAUAGCAUACGUACAGAUACGGAUCCUGCUGAGAUUUCGCCGUGUUUUGACCCUCGUUCUUGAGUUCUUAUUUUCUUUUCGUCUUCUUUACCCUCUUCCCUCCUCCUUUUUUCGUCCCUCCGUAUCGGGUGACGUUCUGCAGCGUUGGUCACCUCGCCCCAUGAUGAAGACCGAGGCUCCUUCUUACGCUCU